GAAGAUACAGGGGCUACUUGAACUAAGAACAGUUACAAACGAGAUGGUCCGCUUAAUUGAGACAGCAACUGCCCGUGUCUUGGCUGUUGACAUUGCUGGUAACAUAAAUGGAUGGAACAAAAAAGCUGCAGAACUAACAGGGUUACCUGUAAUGGAAGCCAUAGGGAGGCCUCUGAUAGAUCUUGUUGUUGCUGAUUCUGUUGAAGUGGUUAAGCAGAUUUUGGACUCAGCUUUACAAGGAAUUGAAGAGCAAAAUCUGGAAAUCAAGCUUAAAACAUUCCAUGAACAGGAGUGUUGUGGUCCAGUAAUCUUGAUGAUUAACUCAAACGCUCUUUCAUUCAACAGAACAAAUGGGCUUGCUAUAUCACAUCUUUUGGUGUUAUGGUACAUAAUGGCGAGAAUAUGCAGACUAACGUUUUCAAAGAGUACACUAUAA